AUGGAAAAAAUUGAGAAUUUACUUAAGAAGUGCGGAACCUUCAUGUUGGCCACUGUCGAAGGCGACAAACCAAAGCUGAGAGUACUUGGUGUUGUCGAUCACUUUGAAGGAAAGCUCUUUUUCUACCUUGACCAAGAGAAAGACGCUUAUCAUGAGAUUACAAAGAACGCUAACGUCGAGAUUGUUGGAUUGGCUGAAGAUUGUAAUCAAGUCCACGUAAGUGGAAAGGCUGUAUUUGAUUUCAGAGAAGAGGUUGCUCAGUAUCUUAAAGACCACCACCUCUUUAUUAACAAGAAGUAUUCACAGGCUGGUGCUCCAAAAUUGGCUCCAUUUUAUAUUGAGGAUAUGCACGCCUUUGUUGUCAAGAAAGACGACACUGUCGAACAUAUCUUAAACUAA